AAAUUAUCACAUUUGUCUAGGAUAGUUGGUGGAAAUAACAUCCCCCAUGUGUGAGCGAAAGGAAAAAAGGGAUAUUGUUUCCAUAAAGAUAGGAAACAUGGCUGAGGACGGAAUGUGGAACACAAUGUCUUAAGAAAUCAGGCGUACUGACAGGUGUAUUUACGGUUAGAUCGCACACAAAAUGCAAAAUACAGACAAAAUUGACGAAAGGUGUCUUCAAAUAUGAAGUAAUAAAAUGACAACCACCAAUUCAGAAUACUGUAGUGUAACACACGCAAUACAGCUGGAAUGGAUAUUUAACCUAUUAGAACUUGAUAUGAAUCGAUUGUAGUAUGAAUGAACAUGGCCUCUCAGAAGAUAUCCGCAGCGGCCAGGUUGUAUUUUUAACAUUAAUUAUUUGUAUACUGUGGAUACUUUGUAUACUAGGAAACGUUUUAGUGUGCUUAGUAAUUUAUCGAAGUCGAAGGGUCCAGUCAACUACAAAUUAUUUCAUAGUCGGAUUGGCUUGUACGGAUCUACUUUUUGCGAUUACAGCUCUUCCUUGGAUAACAGGAAGUAUUUUGGUGGGAAAAUGGCCAUUCGGAGAUUUUAUGUGCCGGAUCACUCGCUUCCUACAGCAUUUCACACUAGGUGUCACAGCUUUUGUUCUGACCUCUAUUUGUGUAGACAGGUUUUAUACCAUAAUUUACCCACUGACAUUCAAAGUAACACGUGGUACGUCAAAACGAAUGAUUGGAGUUGCCUGUUUUGUUUCAAUGGUCUUUUCAAGUUUUUCUCUGUAUUUUUAUGAGGAAGUUGUCAUUACUAAAAACAAUGUGAGCUACCAUUUUUGUCCAACAUAUAUAUCACCAGAGACGGCGCGGUGGGCUGGAGUAGGUUACAUCAUCUCUAUACUUAUCAUACAGUAUACAUCGCCUGUUGUUAUGAUGAUUGUGCUUUACGCCAAGGUGUUCCACUUUAUAUGGAGACAUUCAGGUGUGUGUCUUCAAUUUCAAAGAACAAUGAAUUCCGUUCCAAGAACAAAAGUUAAAAUGGUGAAAAUGUUAAUGAUCACUGCACUUUCAAACGUUGUGUUGAUUUCACCUAUGUAUUUCCUUCAGCUAAUCGUUGGUUUCUUGACAUCAACUCCAAUUGACAAUUUCUGGUACUACGCAUGUGUGAUACUUGUUUUUAGUUCCAGUGUCAUCAAGCCGGCAAUUUACAUGUGUUAUAAUUCCAACUUUCGUCGUGGAUGUAGAGAAGUAUUUUGCAUGUCUACCAUGCAGUGUUAUAGACGUGAACAAUACACGAUUACAAAUAUUUCUUCACUAGGCAGAAGAAAUCACAUUGGUGUAAUGAACUGUACAUCACAACUCAACUCGCCAUCACAUACGUUCGACAGGAAUGUAAGAGACGAGAAAAAUAGUUGGCCGUUAAACGGAACAGUGCCUUCAACGUCUAUAUAAUUUGACUGUUUCUUCGUCCACACAGUUCUAUUGAGAUAUAUUAGUGUUUUUCAUCUCGUAGCAGCUGGAUAUUAUUAUUUAUUGAAGGAUUUGUUAUUUUUAGUACUAUUAAUUGAAGCCGUUUCUUGUCAUAGCCUCUGACAUUAGUAACACAUAUGUGUUUUAAUUUGC